AUGCUUACGGUUGAUUUUUCCAACGCUUUCAACUUAGUUGACCGUUUAGUUUUGCUUCGCGAGGUCCAUCGCCAUUGCCCCUCCAUAUUCCCAUGGGUUCAAUUUCUGUAUGCUCAGCCUGCUAGGUUAUACGUGGGGAAUGACCGCAUCGGGGCAUUCACGGGGGUGCAGCAAGGGGAUCCCUUGGGACCUUUGCUUUUUGCCCUAGCCUUACACCCCUUAGUGCUUCAGGGGCAGGAAAACUGUAAACUUCCCUUCCAUGCUUGGUACUUGGAUGACGGGACAAUUAUCGGGGACGUUGUUCAGGUUGCUAAAGCUCUCGACAUCAUCGGUUCGGAGGGUCCAGCCUUGGGGCUACGGCUUAAUAUUAGAAGAACUGAAGUAUUUUGGCCGACAUGCAAUGGGGUGAAUGUCCGGCCAGGGCUUUUCCCCAGUGAGAUUGGGAGGCCGGAGAAAGGUGUCAAACUGCUAGGAGGGGCAGUCAGCCGUGAUGCCAGUUUUAUUAGUGGUCUAGCGGCUAAGAGGGCAACACGUGCUGUUGACAUUAUGGGACACCUUCCCUUGUUGCGGGAUCCUCAAAGCGAACUCCUCUUGCUUAGAUCUUGUAUGGGGGUUGCAAAGUUGCUAUUUGGUUUGCGAACUUGCCAGCCCCCCUUUGUGGAUGAUGCUGUUUCAUGUUUUGAUAAAGGUCUUCGGGAGGCAAUGGAAGACAUUGUCGUAUGUGGGGGUCCUUUUUUUGGUGAUCUACAGUGGCGAAUCGUGACCUUGCCAAUGAGGCUUGGUGGGUUGGGCCUUCUCUCGGCCCGGGAUGUGGCUGCCUAUGCCUUUGUGGCUUCCAGGUCUCAAUCUUGGGAGUUGCAGGACCACAUCUUACGUAACAGUGGGGUUGCUAACACUGAUCCGGAUUAUGCCAGCGCCUUGGAACGCUUGCAUGAAUCUCUACCUGACUUUGAUCUCGGCGGUUUCUCUAACAAGGACACCGCCCCCAAAAAGCCACAGAAAACUUUGGCGAAUGCCCUUUGUUGUCGAAUCGCACAAAGUUUGGGAGAAGAUUUCCAUUUGUUACCCUGCCAGAAAGCCGUCAUUGAAUGCCUACAGAGGCCUCACGCUCAGGAUUUCUUAACUGUUAUUCCUAUUGAAGGUUUGGGUCAACGUAUGUCAGCGGUGGAGUACCGAUCAAUCCUUAAGUACCGUUUGAUGAUCCCCAUGUUCCCGAAUGAUGAAACUUGCCCAGUCUGCCAUAAAGCAUGCCUGGAUAAAUACGGGGAGCAUGCGUUACACUGUCGAGAGUUGCCGGGGUUUAAGUAUCGCUAUGACUUUGUGCGAGACGCGUUAAUGGAUAUUCUCAGACGAGCAGGGAUCUCGGUGAAGAAAGAGGCACCGGUUAAUUUUCUUACAGACCCGUCGGAGGGGAGAUCCACCCUACGCCCAGCUGACGUGCUAGUUUUUGGUUAG